CUUUUCAGGCUUCGAAGGUUCAUGGCUUUUCGGUUCCUUGAAAUUUGAAUAAAAAACAGUGUUUUUUUUACUCUUUUUUAGGUCACAAACAUUAAUUGAAAAUUGAAAUGGAAGAGCUGAGGGGUUUUCAACAAGUGAGAGCACCGGUUUUUCCAGUGCAGGAGCAGCUGAAAUGCCCACGCUGUGAUUCAACCAACACUAAAUUCUGUUACUACAACAACUACAACUUGUCUCAGCCGCGCCAUUUCUGCAAGGACUGCCGGCGUUACUGGACCAAAGGCGGCACCCUCCGUAACAUCCCCGUCGGCGGCGGUACCCGCAAGAACACCAAACGCUCCUCCUCCUCCUCCUCAAACAAUAGCAACCAACCCAAACGCCAGCCCAGUCCUACUACUGAACCGACCCCAAACCAAAAACUCCCUGACCCCUGUCCGCCACCGCCGCCGACAUCGUCGACGGUUCCUCCACAGGUUCUUCUGAGCUCGGCGGUUCAGAAUUCGGUUGCCGAUGCUGACCAGACCCGGUUGUUUGUCUUGUCGCUGGAUCAUCAAGAAAGGAAUAUGAUAGAUAGCGGUGGGAGCUUUAGCUCGCUGCUGGCAUCGAGUGGGCAGUUUGGGAACCUUGUAAACAAGUUGAAUCCAAAUGGGUCGGGUUCGAAAACAGCCCGCGUGGAUAAUUUUGGAGCGAAUUUGGCUUGGGAUCGUGGAGUGGAUAGAGGUUCGGAUCGGGAUCCGAGAUUGGGAGAUGGCAACAAUAGCAGCAAAGAGGCUGAAGAGAGUUAUUUAGGAGGAGGUGGUGGGGAUACAAGUUGUUGGACUGGCGGUAGCAAUGGCUGGCCUGAUCUUGCUAUUUACACUCCUGGUUCAAGUUUUCAUUAGAAAAUUAUUGGGAUAUUUUACCGAAUAUGU